AUGCCUAGAAAGAAAUCAGCAGCCAAAAAGGCUAAGGAGGAAGCUUUAAAACAAUCUGAAGUUGGUUCCACAGCAGCUGACAAUAAAAUUGCCGUUCCAAAGACAACAGCGAAUGAUGCUGUUUCUGAAUUCGCAUCGGAAUCAGAAUCAUCCGAUGAUGAGGAAGAGGAGGAGGACGAGUAUGGAGACUUGAUCACCGAUGAAGUUGAGCAGGGAAUUAACCAAGUUUUGUCCAAAAUACGAUCAGAUCCAAAGUCACUUCUUGACCCCAAUGUGAAAUUUUUCAAGGACCCCGAAUCAGAUGAUAUACUUGUCAAAAAGCAAGGCGAGAAGCCAAUGUUUUUGAAAGAUUACCAUCGCCAGAACUUAAUCGAUGGAUCGUACAAAGAGUUUGAUGAGAAUGAGACAGUAGACGGUGCAAAGUCGUUUGCCUCUGAACAAAAAGAAGAGAGGGAUAAAUUGUUGAAUGAUAUUAAUCAAGCUUUCGAUUACGAGGAAGGUGACGAUGAAGAUGAAGGCGAUGGCUUUUUGAAGAAAAAGGAGAAGAAAGAAGAGGCUAAAGAAACACCUCAAAGUAUGCCCGAUCCUGAAAAGGACCAAAAUGCUUUCCUUUCAGCCUUCUUGGAUCAAAAGGCGUGGGUACCCAAAGAAGGAGAUAAGGUGAUUGACCUUGAUCAAAUUGAUAGGAAUGACGAAGAGGAUUUCGAUAACGCGGUCGAAGAUUUCGAGCAAGCCUAUAAUUUCAGAUACGAGGAUGCUAAUUCAACUGAGAUUAUUUCGUAUGCAAGAAACCAAGCUACAUUGCGAAGAUCAAAGACGAAUUCUCGUAAAAGGGCUAGAGAAAAGGCCCACGAGGAAAAGAAGAAAGCUGAAGAACAUAAGGCUGAGUUGUUGAGGAAAAAGAAGACGACGAAAUUGAACAAGGUUGUGGAUCGAUUAGCAAAGAUCAAAGAGGCAGUUGGAAGCGAAGUUAGCGACGAAGUCAUUCAGAAAGUUUUUGGAGACUCACUACUAAAUGAAGACUUUGAUGAUGCUGAUUGGGAUAACAAAAUGGCAGAGAUAUUCAAUGAACUGUAUUAUGGAGCCGAAGUUGAAAAACCAACAUGGGACGACGAUAUAAUGGAUGGAUUCGGAGCGGACUCAGACAAAGAAGGUGACGUGGAGGCAAACAUGGACGCUGAUGAGGAGCCACCAAAGAAGAAGGCAAAGAAAGAGAAAUUGAAAGAAAAGAGCACUUUGAAGAAGGAAAAGGAGUCUUUGCGAACUAAAGCGCAGGAGAUUAUUGAAGCAAAUACGCUCAAGUUGCAGGAAGAAGUCGAAGAAGAGGAGGAGAGGGGUCGCAAGAAAGAUGCAGGAGAAUUGAAGUUCAAAUAUCGUGAAGUCUCACCUGAGUCAUUUGGUUUGUCCACAAGAGAAAUUCUACUCGCUGAUGACAAGCAGUUAAACAGUUUUAUUGGAAUCAAGAAGUUUGCUCCUUAUAGACCAAAGGAGCUACGUCUUAAAGAUAAACGGAAGUACACCAAGAAGAAGCACUUACAAGAGUGGAGAAAGGAAACUUUCAAAAACUUGCGUACUCCAAAAGAUGCAAAAGAUGAUGAAGUGUGGAUUCCAGCCGAGGAUGCGGCGGACCGUAAAUCCAAGAAACGUAGCCACAAAAAGUAA